UGGGAGCUUGCGUUGGGGCUGGAGCUUCGCUCGCGUCCCAGCUCCUGUCUCUGUGUCCCCUCAGGCCGCGGCGCCAUCCUGUGUUAUGAGGCGGCCCUGAGGGGCGGCGGCGGCGGCCAGUGCAGCCCGGCGCGGCCCGCAGGGUGACGGCGUCUCGGUUCGCCUCGCCGGCCAAACCCAUGACUACGGCAAACUGCGGCGCCGCCGAUGAGUUCGACUUCAGGCUGAUCUUCGGGGAGGACGGGCAGCCGGGCCCCGGUCCGCCGCUGGGGCCUGCAGAUCUUGAGUCAGAUGACUGUGCAUCCAUAUACAUCUUUAAUGUAGACCAACCAUCAUCCUCUGUAAAUCAGCCAAUUUGUAUUCCUCGCCAUGGAUUGCAGUCUCACUCUACUCCUCUCUCACCACCUACAAGACUUCAGAGUCAUAAGAACUAUGAUGGAACUUGUGAGGUACCAGAAUCCAAAUAUAGUCCACUAGGUGGACCCAAACCAUUUGAGUGCCCUAGUAUUCAAAUUACAUCUAUUUCACCUAACUGUCAUCAAGGGAUUGAAGCCAAUGAAGAUGAAUUGCACACAAAUGGCACAGAAAAUGAAUAUAUGGAAAGGCCUUCACGGGACCAUCUCUAUCUUCCUCUUGAGCCAUCAUACAGGGAAUCAUCCCUUAGUCCAAGCCCUGCCAGCAGCAUUUCAUCCAGAAGUUGGUUUUCAGAUGCUUCCUCUUGUGAAUCCAUUUCCCACGUUUAUGAUGAUGUAGACUCAGAGCUAAAUGAAGCAGCUGCUCGAUUUACCCUGGGAUCUCCCUUGGCAUCCCCUGGUGGUUCUCCAAGAGGCCCCAGUGAUGAAUCCUGGCAGCAGCCUUAUGGAUUUGGGCAUGCUUUGUCACCUAGACAGUCUCCCUGUCAUUCUCCUAGAACUAGUAUUACAGAUGAAAAUUGGCUAAGUCCUAGACCAACAUCAAGGCCCUCAUCAAGACCUACAUCCCCCUGUGGGAAGCGACGACACUCCAGUGCUGAGAUAUGCUAUGCUGGUUCUCUCUCUCCUCACCAUUCUCCAACUCCAUCACCUGGCCAUUCUCCCAGAGGAAGCAUAACAGAAGACACUUGGCUAAACACUUCCAUCCAUAAUGUACAAGGCCUUAAUUCUGGCCUUUCACCAUUUCAGUGUUGUACAGAGACUGAUAUUCCUCUAAAAACAAGAAAGACCUCAGAGGAUCAGACUGCUACUUUAUCUGGAAAAAUAGAUAUCUGUCCUGAAGAACAGGGUAACUUAUUGUCAUCCCUUGAAACUGCAGUAGAUGACUGCUCUGGAUCUCAGCACACCUUGAAAAAAGAUUUGCCUGGAGACCAAUUUCUUUCUGUUCCUUCGCACUUUACUUGGAACAAACCAAAGCCUGGUCAUACUCCUAUAUUUCGCACAUCUUCAUUGCCACCUCUUGACUGGCCUUUACCAAGUCAUUACGGGCAGUGUGAACUGAAAAUAGAAGUCCAGCCUAAAACUCAUCACAGAGCUCACUAUGAAACAGAAGGAAGCAGAGGAGCAGUAAAAGCGUCUACUGGAGGACACCCUGUAGUAAAGCUCCUGGGUUACAGCGAAAAGCCAGUAAACCUGCAGAUGUUCAUCGGCACAGCAGAUGAUCGGUACUUAAGACCUCACGCGUUCUACCAGGUGCAUCGAAUCACUGGAAAAACAGUUGCAACAGCUAGCCAAGAGAUAAUAAUUGCCAGCACAAAAGUUCUGGAAAUACCACUUCUUCCUGAAAAUAAUAUGUCAGCCAGUAUCGAUUGUGCUGGUAUUUUGAAACUUCGCAAUUCAGAUAUAGAGCUCCGUAAAGGAGAGACGGAUAUUGGAAGAAAGAAUACCAGAGUGCGGCUUGUGUUUCGUGUUCACAUCCCACAACCUAGCGGGAAAGUCUUAUCCCUGCAGACUGCUUCUAUACCUGUUGAAUGCUCUCAGCGUUCUGCUCAAGAACUCCCUCAGAUUGAGAAGUACAGCAUCAACAGUUGCUCAGUAAAUGGAGGUCAUGAAAUGGUGGUGACAGGAUCCAAUUUUCUUCCAGAAUCCAAAAUUAUAUUUUUUGAAAAAGGACAAGAUGGACGACCUCAAUGGGAGGUGGAAGGGAAAAUAAUGAGGGAAAAGUGUCAAGGGGCAAACAUCAUACUUGAAGUUCCUCCAUACCAUAACAAAGCCAUUACAGCAGCAGUUCAGGUGCAGUUUUAUCUCUGCAAUGGCAAGAGGAAAAAAAGCCAAUCUCAACGUUUUACUUACACACCAGUUAUAAUGAAGCAAGAGCACAGGGAUGAGGUGGAUUUGUCUGCCGUUCCAACUUUGGCCCUGCCUCACACAAGCAGUGUCCAGGGUCUGCAUUCUAUCCAAACUCAAUUGCCUUCACCAGAGCAAGGGCAUCCUCAUGACAAUUUACUGUCUACGUCACCCAGGAGCCUCGUGUGUCCUGUUCAACCACCAUACACAGCCAUGGUAACCUCAGCAGUAUCCCACCUGCCACAUAUGCAAGGCAGAAACCUUAGUCCAAGUGAAGAGUGUCAUGUUUUGGCUCCUGCUGUGGUUCCGUCUUUUCAGGUAACAUCAGCACCUCCUGUGAGGCCUUCUUACCAGCCUAUGCAGUCUAACGAUGUAUACAAUGGACAGUCUGGUCUUCCUAUGAACUCUGCUUCCAGCCAAGGAUUCAAUGCUGUUUCAUUUCAGCAAGACCCAGCUGUACCUCAUUUGAUAAAUCUUAGCUGCCAAGCCCUACCACCAAUGCAGUUUCAUUCUUCAAGCCCAGGUUCUUCUAUGUCAACACCAAGUACAGCAGGACACCCACUAGCACACCCAGCUCAUUCAGGACAGUCAUCUUCUCACCUGCCUUCGAUGGGAUACCACUGUUCAAGUGCUGGACAGGGCUCCAUCCCAUCUGCAAUGAGUCGUUCCCUUGGGCAGUCUUCUCCCCAGCUGCAGCAAGUCCCAUAUCAUUCUACAAAUCCAGCAUCCACUUCAUCCCCAUCCCCAACAGCUUCCCACCGUUUGGUCCACUCACCACUGUCUGGACCUUCUUCACCCCAGCUCCAUCCUAUGCCUUACCAGUCUCCUAGCUCAGGACCUGCCUCGUCUCCCCCGCCAGCUGCUGUAAGUCACUCAGGACAGCACUCUCCUCAAGCACACAGUCCGGUGCUGGGUGGUCUGAAUGCAGCGUCGUCACUGGUGCACCACCCCACAUGCGAUUCAUCUCCGUUCUCGCCAGAUGGGGCAGCUAUUAACAUUAAACCGGAACCUGAAGAUCGAGAGUUGAAUUUUCAAACAAUAGGACUACAAGACAUCACACUAGAUGAUGACAGUUUUAUCUCUGACCUGGAAUACCAGCCAUCAGGUUCAACAGAGAAAUGGACUCAACAUUCAGCACUCAUGUCCAACUCGUAUGUGGAAAAUCUAGAGGUGAAUGAGAUUAUAGGAAGAGAUAUGUCACAGAUCUCAGUGUCACAUGGAACAGCAGUGGCCAGCCAGUCUGCACGUACAUGUCCUGGAUCUCUGGAGGCAAGAAUAACUGAUGGAAUCCAGUAAUGGAUAAGCUUGCAACUAAACGUCCAUGAAAACAUUACAGUUUCUCUGGAUAUUUCUUCGUCCUUUUCCUUUUUAGACUUACUGUGCUUCCAACUCUGUGGCCUUUAUGAACUGGAACAGUGGAUCCUUGCAAAACCCUUUUAGUGGGUUACAUUUUUGAUGUAGAGACAGAGCAUUUUAAUUACAGUUCCUCAAAUGCUGUAUAAGAGACUUCUUAAAAUGGACACACAGAAUCUACACCAGAUAUUUUAACUCUUUUAAAGUUAUAAACGCGCUUUGCUUUUUGCAUUUAAAUAGAAUACUUUUAUAUUGUAAGUGCUUCAGAUGUGUGGGGAUGUUAGUUUGCUCUUAUAUUAUUCACAGUACUGAAUGGGGACAAAGAUUUAAUACACAUCUUCAGUGUGCUGCUUUCCCUUAGAGGUAGUAUAGUUUGUAACUGAUGAUUUGUAACACCUUUCUGUCAUUUUUGAAAGCCUUUAAAGCUUCUAUUGUUUAAUUUUUUUUUACUACAAUCUUCCAGUGGCAAAUCAUACCUGUCAUCUAAAGCCAAUGCCACAGAAGCCAUUGUGUAUGCAAAUACUGUAGUGUUUUCUUUCUUAGAUUCAUAGGAAGCAAAGCCAAAUGUAGAUCUGCACUGUUUAUAAACUGAAAAUGUUACUUGAUAGGCUGCAAAAAGACCAUUCCAUCAUGGAAGUGUUGGGAUAGAAACGACAUUCCAAAAUUGAACUUUUAUAACUUUGUGGAUAAUCUUCCUGUUCUUUAUUAGCACAGGCUCCUUCUUGAAAUAGCUUUUUCUUAGUUACAUUUGUAAUCAAGUUUAAGCAGUAGGAUUUUAGAUUAAAGAACAGCAACAUCAAAGCCAUGAUACAGGAGAAAUUUCAAUAUUUGCUGAGGAUCUAGGUGUUCCUGUUACCCCUGCAAAAUGCAGUUUUGAAAUCACCAAUUCAGUGGCAUUCAAGUUUUCCAUGCAAUAAAUGGUUUGAUCUCAUCUCCAUCUUUUAUAUGCUGUAUGCCUGACUCUGCCACUUGGAAGUGCCGAGGAGAUGACAGAGUUACAGUUCCUUAAAUUUAAGCUGUUUAUAAACAUCAGUUUGCUAAAAAGUAAUUUACUGUGAAUUAGGGAUUACGGAGUGUAAUUUCACUCUUGUUUAAUUGUGAAUGUGAAAAGCAGAAGCUACCAAAGAAAUACACAAAAUUCAUAGCAGCAGUAAACUUUGUCAUGUGCUCAAAGGGUGCAUUUCCCUUACAUGCAUAAUCUGAUGCACCUGAAACAAUCUUUUUACAUAGUUAUUAAAAAUCUCAGGCCUCUAUGAUUAGAAACCUAGGAGAGGAUCUGAAACUGCCCAUGCAGCCCACAGAUGUUUCUGUCCUUCAGAAGCCACUGUCAUUUACUAAGCUUCCUGACAUGGAACACACAGGGUACAGCAAUCAUGGCAAAGUAAGAUUAGAAAUGCACUGAACAUCCAAAUACCAAGGGUGUUAGUUCUAGUUCCCCAUUUGGGUGAGCCAUGAUGCUCUAAUGAAAAUUAAGACAAAACACACUCAAAACCUUCCAAACAUAGAAAGUGUAUUUGCAUUGAAACUAGUUCAGACAAUUGUGGACCUUUUAGUGGUUUAACACAUGGAGCAGAUGACUCUUUCUGUUGAAAAUUUCACAGAGAUUCUUAAAAUGUCAGUAAAAUGGUCUUAAAGUGAAUACUAGAACUGCAUUCUAAUACCUGUGAGAGCAAACAUGGAUUCAACUGCUGUUGCGUUUUGGCAGAUGGUCACAUGGAAACUUUCAUUGAGCCUUUUGCAGGCACAACAUUACACCUACAUUUAAGUUAGCACCCAAGCAAUACCAUUAAAGUAGCUGUAACUGCAUCUUUCUAAUAAACAGAAUCAUGAACUUUUUAGAAGACCAUGUAUUAAGUGGGUGAAAUUAUAACUCUUUAUUAUAUACUUUCUUUUAAGAGUGCAGCCUAAGGCUACUAUCUUAAUGUUUCACAGCAAUUGCAGACAACUUAAUGCAAGGCCACUAUGUGCGUGCUGGGAAUCUUGAACAUCUGUUUCGUGAAUAUAUUGAUCAAUGGUGCAAAUCUUUAAAUUUGCAAGAAAAAAUGGGCAGGGUUGUAAUCUGAAAAGUGUGAUAUUUUAGUUGUCCCUCAGCGGUGGUGCUUUACUCUGUCCUCUACUCAUUUAUGUUUAAGAUCCUAGAGAAGGAUUCACAUGCUUAGAAAUACAUCUACUUAUGUUUUUAACACCUUCAAAACAAACCACACAACACUGUAAUCAAUGUAAUUGUUUUUGGACUGUGUGCUGGUGGCAAGGCAUGUUCCAAUUUACAUUCGUGUGUUGGGUCUUUUGCAUUAACCGUUGUUUGUAGGAGAAUUCUAACUGAACAACUUUUCAUACUGUAUGGGAUUUAUGCUCCUUAAUCCUGCUGGUACAGACUUAUUGCAAGUUCUCCAAGUAGCUGGAAUUCACGCUGUACCUAAAAUAUGGGAGCCCAAACAAUCCGGAGUUACUAUGCACUAAAUUUUCUGACGCCUUUAAAUACCUUGAUGCCUGUAGACAUAGAGAUGCUUUCCUAUUUAAAAAUGAAAUAAAAAAAAUAUAGCUUUGGAUACUAAAGCAGUUUUGUAUUUGCCUUGUAAAAGCUUCAGUAUAAGGGUCUUAAUUUUAUUUUAGCUUGUGUGAUAACAUAGGUAAAGACUGUUAAUCUUGUAUAAUUUUAGUGAUAUAAAAAGCACACAAUCUCUAUUGGACUAUGCAAAUUGAAUUAAACCACAGAACCCGACAACUGCUGAUAUUUUGUUGGCAUCCACUUCCUUACCCUUAAGUCCUUUCUUCUCCCUGAAUACUUUUUCAAAAGUUUUUAAUAAUUUAGAUUAUCUUGAAGGAAAGCCUUAAUGAUGAAGUAGCUUUUCUAUAAGGAGGGUAAAAGGUUAAUGUUAAAAACAAAAAGGGGGUAAUAUAUUCAUCCAGGCGGGUGAAGGGGUGAUUUCUGAAAUCACCACGAAUCUGAAUUUCUGUAGUAAAACUUACUUACAUGUUAUCAGGGGAACUGCCAUCCUUUUUAAACCAAAGAAUGAAAAUAACAUCGCAGUUUUGUUCUUAUACAAACAAAGCUUUGAAACUCUAUUUUUGAUAUUCAUAAUGGAUGUCGUUCCUUGAGGUUCAGAAAUCAUUCAAAUUAAAGUUUUAUAUUUAAAAAUGUGGGACAAUAAAGAUUAAGUAAGUUCUAGAUGUUUACAGAGCCUUGUAUUGUAAUUUCAUGUACAUUUUGUAUUUUAAACAUUUUUGUAAGUUAUGAUUGCAGUGCUACUUGCAGAAAUAAAGGGAAAAACUCGCA